GGUCUAGUUGAGCUGCCAAAUUCACGGCAUUUUUUUACAUCAUUCACAGACAAUGCUUAAAAUUACCGUUUAUCUCAAUAUUAUAUAUGAAUAUGACAUUUUUGUUAUUAUUUAUAAAAUGAAUGUAAUUAUUAUUAUUUAAAAUGAUAUAAUUUGCCUAUUUUUAUUGAUGAAUUGCAUACACAGGUUUUAUGUGUGUAAUGCAAAAAGUUAAAUAACUGAUUUAAUGUUUUGAAACUCGAUGGAAAUGGGCUCCGCUACAUCCCGUCCACAUGCAUCCGCGCGCAAAUGGGCUGUUAAACAGGAUGGGUUACACAUAAUGUGGAUAACUUAAUUAGUAAACACGUAAAAUUAGAGAGAGAAGUGUUUUAGUGUAUUUCUGCAUGGUAAUGCUCUGUUAUUACUAAGCAAGCAGGCUCAGGGUGAGAUGGGGACUCGAGUGUGCGCGUGAGAGCAGCAGUAACACCCAUUAACAGAUCCGGAUCUGACACGAAGACUGAGGAACUUUAGCAGUUGUGGAGGAGCUGUGAGCUGGAGUCAGUCUGAUGCUGGAAUCAAAUCAUCCAGCAAUGCGAAUAAAGGAAUAAAAGUAAAUGUGCAAAUGCAUCGCAACACAACUUGCACGUCCAAGCUGAAAAUGUGCAGGGCAGCGCUAAAUCAAUGGGCUUAAAACGGCUCUACCAUGAUGACCACCGUGACCUGGUAGACUGUGAUUUUGUGGAGUGUACGGCCUGCACAGCCACGUGGCAGAGAUGUACCAAGAGGUGGCUUUCCUAGCAGGCAGCACUGAUCAUCAGUUUACCUCCUUCCACUUUAACCCUUUGGAGAACCCCCAUGAAAUCAGCAGCAAAAAGGGUGUGUUCUACAAACGCGCGCAACUGCAGUGCAAGCCCGGCGUACAGGAGGACGAGGUUCACCGGAAUCGAGGGGCCAGAGUGGACGAGGGUGCUUUAGUUGACCGUACAGCCAUCAUCAAUGUGGGCGGCAUUCGUUAUCGCAUACCAUGGUCCACUCUUGAGGAGUUCCCACUGACACGCCUGGGAAAGUUACGUAGCUGCAGCAAUGCUGAGGAAAUCCUCGACUUAUGUGAUGACUAUGACGCGCACUGCAAUGAGUUCUUCUUUGACCGAAGCCCCAGCGCCUUCCGCUCCAUUGUCACUUUCCUGGCGGCCGGGAAGCUCCGUCUUCUGCGGGAGAUGUGCGCGCUGUCCUUUCAGGAGGAGCUGUUGUAUUGGGGUGUGGAGGAGGCCAGCCUGGAGUGGUGCUGCUUGAGAAAACUCCGUCUUCGGCAAGAGGAGCAGCGGGAGAGACUCCGGCAGGAGGAGGAGGAGGUCGAGCUGACCACGCCCCAGUCGUGUGAGGAGGCGCCGGCUGUCGGAAGCCCAGAGGAGGGGCGUCUGGGUGGGUGCAUGCACAGCCUCAGAGACAUGGUGGAGAACCCUCACUCUGGGAUUCCUGGGAAGAUCUUUGCCUGCCUCUCGGUGGUGUUUGUGGCCAUCACGGCAGUUACACUGUGUGUCAGCACCAUGCCUGACCUGAGGGAGGAGGAGGAGAGGGGUGAGUGCUCCCAGAGGUGCUUCAACAUCUUUGUGCUGGAAACAGUGUGUGUGGGCUGGUUCUCCCUGGAGUUCCUGCUCCGUUUCAUCCAGACACAGAGCAAGUGCAUGUUCUUGCGCACACCCCUCAACAUCAUCGAUGUGGUGGCCAUCCUGCCCUAUUACAUCACUUUAAUAGUGGACUCACUCUCUGUAAGCGACCGUCCCACAGGCUCAGGAAACAACUACCUGGAGAAAGUGGGAUUGGUCCUGCGAGUUCUUCGAGCGCUGCGGAUCUUCUACGUGAUGCGAUUAGCACGUCACUCUUUGGGGUUACAGACAUUAGGGUUGACCGUACGCCGCUGCACUCGAGAGUUCGGACUGCUCCUGCUGUUCCUGUGCGUUGCCAUGGCACUGUUCUCUCCUCUGGUCUUCCUGGCUGAGAGCGAGCUGGGCGCCAAGCAGGAGUUCACCAGUAUCCCUGGGAGCUACUGGUGGGCCGUCAUUUCCAUGACCACAGUUGGAUACGGUGACAUGGUUCCACGCAGCAUUCCUGGCCAGGUGGUAGCACUCAGCAGCAUCCUAAGUGGAAUCCUGCUCAUGGCAUUCCCAGUCACAUCCAUAUUUCACACUUUUUCACGCUCCUACCUGGAACUAAAAGAGGAGCAGAGUCGGGCCUCACGGCACAAACCCGAUUCACAAGACAGCACCAAGUCCCAAAACAGUGAGGAUUCACAAGACACUGACAGUUCGAUACAUGGAAUCAUAGAGACCACUGCAGUCAGUGCGCACCACCGCAGAUCUGUGGCUGUGGCAAGUCAAGGAGUUCCACAGGUCAGACGAUCAUUAAAGUCAUAAUGCAAACAGCUAACUAAGACUAAAGAAAAAUCCCACGUACAAAGACAUGCUACAGGUGAGCGGCCAUAUAUAUAGUACCUGUUUGAUCAGGUGACUUGACAAUAAUAGACACUGGGAAAGGAACAUUGAAAUGGACAGGUUUGUAUGUCCAAAGCACAAUCCUUUAAGGAGUUAGUUCACCCUAAAAUGAUUUUUCUGUCAUUUACUCACCAUCAUGUUCCAAAUGCAUGACUUUCUUCCGUAGAACACAAAUGGAACUGUUAAAAAAAUGAAUGGAGACUGGGACUAUAAACUCCACAAACAAUUAAAAAAAACACCAUACAACUCAUGGUAACCUUAUUCAAAGCCUUCUGAAGCCAGCUGAUAACUUGGUGUGAGAAAAAAGAAGCAAAAAUUAAGUUAUUUUUUUCCUACUUGAUUUCCUACUCACUUUUGACUCAGAAUAAAAAUGUGUCACGCAUAGGUUUGACAUCAGUAAACCAUCAUGCCAAGCCCUUUGAAGAGGUGUAACUGGUCCUACUCACACCACUCUAAAGUGGUAUUCAAACCAGCAUCAAUUGCCAUAGGUGGCAGGUCUGCUAACAAAGACACUAAAGACACUGCAGCCUUUUGAGGCCAGAGGUGUGAGGUUUACUUUCUGUUCCAUUCACUCACCUAAACCUCACUAAUUCGGUUCAAGGCACCAAUGUAAUUGGUCUUACACUCCUUCAGAGCAGGAUUCAAACCAGCGUAAACUGGCACGGGAGGUGGACCUCCAAAAAAAAGUGCUAAAAGUUACUGUCCCUAGCUUGCCUCUUGAGGACAAAGGGUGAGGUAAACCUGCACAGCUAUCUACCAGCUGGCAUUCAUUACAUUCACCUGUAUAAACCUAACUCUAAUUCGGGUCACGGCACCAAUGUAACUGGUCUUACACUGCUUCAGAGCGGGAUUCGAACCAGCAUCAACUGGCAUGGCAGGGGGGUGUCCUAACGAGGCGCUAAAAGCUUGCCUCUUGAGGCCAAGGGAGUGAGGUUUACCUGCACAGCUAUAUACCACUCACCUAAACCUCUCCUCCGGGUCACGGCACCAAUGUAACUGGUCCUACUUGCACUCCGAGUGCGAUUCAAACCAGCAUUAACCGGCAUGGGAGAAGGGCCCGCUAACAAGGACUCUAAAAUCAGCAGCCCCUAAAUGUGUCUCUUGAGGUCAGGUAAGUGAGGUUUACCUGCACAGCUCUUAAUAGCUGGCCUCCUAUAUAUAUAUAUAAAGCAGUUCUGAGAUUUGAGAGCUCAGCUACGUUUGUCCCCAAUCACUUUAAACAUCUCCUUUUGUGUUCCACCAAAGAAAGAAAAUCAUAUGGGUUUGGAAUGGCAUGAGAGUGAGUGAUGACUGAAUUUUAUUUAAGCUCGUGUACCUGGUAGAUGGAUGCUCCUACCUGUGAAAACUGUAUGACUGUGAAGAUUGACAUUUUAUUUUGCAUCAUCCUUUAAGGUAAAAUGAGCUUUUCUCUGGUGAAAGAGCAUAUAUUGUGUCACACUGUUCAAAACAGGCUAUUGAACUUUAAUUUAUGCUCCUAUAUAGCUGAUUUGCAAUAACUAUGUUUAUGAAAACACAAUUAAACAUAUUUCUGUAUAAUUCUGCUUUUAGAUGCCAUAGUCUCAGGAUCUGCCAGUUGUAAUAAACACAAUGAAAUACCCUUUAAAAGAAUAAAGGUUUCUUAUUUUCAAA